AUGCCUGGUCGACGUGAUACCAAGUCCAAGGCUAAAGCCUCUGCGGCUGUCGAUGCACAGGCGUAUGAUUCUAAGCAAGAUGAACAUCGGCUCUGGCUUCCAUCGAUGCAAACCUCAUUGUCAUUUCUUAUACUUCCGCGUACUGUGUCCGCUUUACUGAGCCCAAUUGCGGAUUGUGACGAAACAUUCAACUAUUGGGAACCUCUCCACUAUCUGCUCUACCGCUUCGGUUUUCAGACAUGGGAGUAUUCCCCUGUCUAUGCUUUACGCUCCUACGCAUAUCUAUUACUGCACUAUGUAAUAGUGAAGCUUGCGGCUUUUGGAUUUACACUCGGACUAUUACCUGGUCAGAAGCUCAUGCUGUUUUAUGGACUGCGUGCAACGUUGGGUUUGAUCUCAGCCUAUGCGGAGGCACUAUUUUAUCAGUCAAUCAGUCGACGAUUUGGACGCCGCACAGCGCGCUAUUUACUCUUCAUUUUAUUCUUUAAUGUCGGUAUCUUUCACGCCAGCACAGCCUUCCUUCCAAGUUCUUUCUCUAUGAUGUUAGUCCUAUUAUUCAGUAGUGCGUGGAUGGACCAAAAACACUACCUGGCGCUUUUUUGGGGCGUUGUGGCUGUGCUUUGUGGAUGGCCCUAUGUUGGUGUGCUCUUUAUCCCAUUCGCACUGGAAACGCUUUAUACGCGAGGAAUAUUUAAGAGUGUAUAUGUUGGUGGAGUAAUAGGAGGAGCAGUGCUGGCUGUCGAGUUGUUGGUUAAUUUCUAUUACUACCAACGGUGGGUACUGCCAGCGUGGAAUCUCAUUGUAUACAACGUUUUAAGUAGCGAGACGGAUUCCACGCUUUACGGCACAGAGCCGCUAAGUUUCUACCUCCUGAAUUUGGCACUUAACUUUAACAUCGUGGCUCUCCUCGCUGCACCUGCUGCGUUAUUUAUUCUCACAUUACCUGGUCAUAAUAAAACGAUCAAGGUUCAAUUGCUGUUAUAUUUGUCGCCAAUGUACGUCUGGUUGGUUAUUAUGUUCAAUCAAGCACACAAGGAGGAGCGAUUUUUGUCUCCUAUCUAUCCACUUAUUUGUCUGGCUGCUGCUAGCACACUUAGCGCAGUGGUGUAUCGACUUAAAAAUGUCUUCAGCCGUGUACCAACUCUGCAUACCGGAAUACCAAACGUAUUUGUGAUGUGCACAUUGAGCGUGUACGCGUUGCUCUCUGGUUCUCGCAUCGUAAGCAACAUUGUCAAUUUCAGCGCUCCGCUUCGCGUUUACGAGCAUUUAUACGCCAGCGUCUUGCCAAAUCCAGAGAACGGAAAGCUACAAAUUGCUCAUGAUACUGCAACCCAAUCUGUCAAUUUAUGUCUUCUAAAGGAGUGGUAUCGUUUCCCAACUAACUUUUUUAUUCCGUCAAACUCGACCCAAGUGAACUUUGUCAAAACUUCAUUCUCUGGUCAAUUGCCAAAAGCUUUCGAGCAACAUUAUCUCGGCACGUCGGUCAUACCUGCUGCGAUGAAUGAUCGAAACCAAGAAGAACCAAGUCGUUAUGUCCUAUUAGACACUUGUGAUUACGUGGUUGAUUUAAAUUUACCAGAUCAAUCAGAGUUCAAAUUCUGGACUGAACCUUCAUCAUGGACACUUGUGUAUUCGGAGCCAUUUCUUGACGCAGAACGUUCAAAAUCACCAUAUCGAUCGUUUUACAUCCCGAUCCUUACGCCACAGUAUGUCAAGUACGCAGAGUAUGCGAUCUACAAGCGCGCGAAAGUUGCAGCAACUUAA